AUGUUGAACCAAAAAACUAUCCAAAUGAUUCCAUAAAAUUACAAUUUGUUAGUUAAAGUUUUAUCAUUUAUUAAUAAUGAAGAGGGUAUUAUUUUAAACAAAUAUAGUAGAAGAAUAAUCUGAAUAAGAAAUAGAGAAGAAAUAAAAAGGUAAAUUAAGUUAUUUAAAUAUUCAGUUUUUGAAAUCCUAAGAACCAGUAUGUAAUUAUAAGAAGUAGAAGAUUAAGAAAAUGAUUAUGACACUGAUUAUAUUCCUGUUCCUUGUUAAGAAACUUGUCUUUCUUAAUAGAGCACAUAAAAAUCUUAAUAAUCUCAGUAUUUAAGAUCACCUUUAUAAACAUUUACUUAACAUUUUUAAAAUUAAAAUAAAGGAUUUGGAGGAAGAUUAUUUACUCUUACUGAUGAAACUGAAUAUACAGUUGAUGACCGUAAACCAACUCAUAAAAGAGGUCCAAGCAAAAUUUAAGAAAUUUUAUAAGAUUUAUAAGCAAAUGUAGCUGAUGAUAUUAUGAAAAUGGCAAAUGAUAUCAUUAAAUUUACUGAAAAUAGUUCUAAUACUAAUGGAAGUGCUUAAUUUAUUCCAAGCGAUUAAAAAUUAAAACAACCUUUAAGCGAAUAAAAAAUUAAUCAAUAAAAUAAAGAACCUAUAACAAAUAAUCUUAAAGAUGGAUUCAAAUUAUUUCCUAAAUAAAAUAGUUAAAAAUAACUAUCAACUUUAAAUUAAUAAGAUUAAUCAAAUUAGAACUCUUUUAGUUAGAAAUAACCAUAAAAUUAUAAAUAAUAAAUACCUAAAACUAAUUCAUAAUAAAAUACUAACAAUUAUAAUUCGAACAAUACCAAUUAUAAUUCUAAUUAUAAUACAAAUACAUCAAUUUAAAAAAAUUAACAAAAGUCAUAGAGAAAUUCAGAAGAAUAUACUUAAAAGAAUGUGAAGCAAACUAGUAAUUCCAAAUCUUCUAAGUAAAUAUUAAACACAAGAACUAGUUAACAACAAAUUAAUCGCAACUUUUAAUAAAAUUCAAAUUAACAGAUAUCAAUUAAUAAAGAUGAUCACAUUAAUCAAUAUUCUAGUCAGAGAAACUCUGAUAAUUAUAAUGUUAGAGAAUCUGCUUUUAGUAAAAAAAGUAAAUAACAUGAAAUUGAUGAAUUUGAUGAAAAUUUUCAUGUUGAUUAUGAUAGCUUCAAAAAUAAUCCAAAUUACAAUUAAACUUCAAAUUUUUAUGAUAUUGUAUAGAAAUAAUUCAACUUCUCUCAAAAUUCAGAUGAUGAUUAUUAAGAUUAAAAAUCUGUUGAAAAUUAAACGCCUAAUUUAAAUAUUAGUAAAAGACUAGAGAAAGAUAACCUAAGUAUAAAUAAUAGUGGCACAAUAGAGCAAUAAAGUGAUAAAAAAUCAUAUUAAGAAUUUUGUGAACCUUGUUAAAAAACAUAAGAGAGUGAAAAAAAAUAAAACAAUUAAGCAUAGAAAAAGAAAGUAAAGAGAAGAAAAAGAUCUAGAAUUCCAAAGAAUAUCAAAUAUUUCUUAGAUAUCAUAGAGGAAUAAUCGAAUGAUUAUUAUACACCAGAUAAAUCUUUAUUAGAAUCAAGUGAAGGUCUUGACACAAUAUAAUCAGUGCCUAAUUUUGGAGAGAGUGAACAUCACAAUAUGAGUUAUAGAUCAGAUAGAAAACAUUUAACAAUUAGUGAAGGUAAUAAAAUAAAAAUGAGAACUCCAAAUACACAAGAUAUUAAGGAAGUAUUACAAUCCUCUGAUUCAUAUGAACGUCCAAAUAGCACUUUAAUAAAUUAAACAUUAGUUAAUUUUGAAGAUAUUGAUUAAAUCUUGAAUUAGGUUUAAGGUUACAAGACUUUUAGAUAAAAAAAUUAAGAAGAAGAAGCGAUACUAGCCUCUUGGAAUAGAGUAUGUAAUGAAAUUAUUAGAAAAAAUUUACUUCCAGUUACUUUAGAUCUUGAAAGGGUAUCUUAUUUAAUAAAUAAUUAGAUAUAAAAUUAACUGGAAAUUUAACAAUAAAAUUAACAUUGUUAAAAAAGAUAUCAGUUUUUGAAUGCUUUGAAUAGAAAUUAUAUAAAUCAUACUUAAAGAACAGAAUAGAAUUCUUUUGUAGAGAAUUCCUGUUUUAUUGGUACUGAUUAAUAACAUUUGGAGAAGAGUGAAGCUGAAAUUUAGAUAGAUGAUAAUGAUGAUACAGCUAUUGGAUUACUAAAUAAAUAAUUUAGUCCAAAUUUUAGUGAUGUUUGUAAAAGAAUAUAAUUUACUGGUCCUGAAGAGCCUAAAAUACUUCAAGGAAAAGCAUUUAUUAAUAAAGAUUUACCUAAUGUCUAAAUUUACAAUAAUAAUUAUGAAUAAUAAUUGAAUUAUUAAUUUUGA